GGCCCGCAGUCCGCCCGAUGAGUGGCCGUUCGGGGAGGAAUGGCGGCCGGGCCCGGCGGCCGCAGUGAAUGGUGCCUGCUGUGGUGGACGCUCGGUGCGACAUGACCUAACGGCUGCGGUGACCAGUGCAAGCCCCCGGGGCUGACGGUCGGCCGCGGCGGGCAGCCAACAUGGCGGCCGUUCCCAGCCAAGACAGCCAGGGUCACUUCUUCGUGAAAAAAACCUUCCACCGGCCCACGUAUUGUCACCACUGCACGGACCUGCUCUGGGGCUUCAUUGGCCAGGGCUACAUCUGUGAAGUGUGCAACUUCGUGAUUCACGACCGCUGUCGCGUCUCUGUCGUCUCUCCCUGCUUCACCAUCGCCGCUGCCUUCAUCAAGCCGAACCCAGUGGCGCACUGCUGGGUCGAACCGGGCCACUACAAACGGCGCUUCUGCAAUAUCUGUCGCAAGCGGCUGGACGACACGUGGGCUCUGCGCUGCGAGGUGUGCGAGUACUACGUGCACGUGGACUGCCAGGAGUUUGCUGUGCCUAACUGCAAGACCAGUUCGGAGUUCAUUCCGGGCCAGAAGGCGUGCGAGGUAACCCACCGGCACCUGUGGCGCGAGGGUAACCUGCCCGGUAACUCCAAGUGCGCCGUCUGCCGCAAGACCUGCUGGUCGUCCGAGUGUCUGACGGGCAUGCGCUGCGAGUGGUGCGUCACCACGGUUCACGCACCAUGUAUGAAACACAUUCCACCUCAGUGCAAAUUUGGCGCAAUGGAGCCCCUUGUUCUGCCUCCCAGUGCAGUGAGCUUCCCAAGGACGGAAGUCUCGCGAGAUAUUCUUCUCGGGAUGAUAAGUAAAAGAAAAGAAGCCAUUCCGAAGGAUUUCUCAGCCCCUCGAAGCAUAUCGGAAGAGUUCAGCAGCGGUGAAGUGAAAAACCACGAGGAUGGGGUCGAGCAGAAAAACAGCCGCGAGUCCAGCAAGAAGAAGGAGAGUGAUGAGAAGGAUGAUGAGCUGAUCAAGGUGUUCGACGGCAACUGCUCGCUGCGGCGCCGUAUGUUCCGCACGAUAGCGGUCAGCCGGUCGGCGGCGGCCGACACCAUCCUGUCGGCAGCGCUGGGCGCGUUCCACAUCGGCCCCGAAUCAGCGGACAAGUAUUACCUGAGCGACGCGUACAGUGAGGAGGAGUCGGAGCUAGACAGCGGUCUGCUGGUUCGGCAGCUGUGCAAACGCGACGGCCGACGGCCGGCAGUGUUCCUCCGGCUGCGCCAGGAAACCAACCACUCAGGCUGUAUCCAGGUGCACCCGCAGCAGAUGCGUGUGACGGAGGAGCAGCUGGAGGUGCCCGUGACGGACAACACCACGAGUCACCAGGUCAUCGAGCACUGCCUGCGCCAGCUGGGCCUGAGCGGGCCCGACGACUACACGCUCAGCGAGGUGCUCAUCGACCGGAACGUGAACGUGCGCGAGCUGGCGGCGGACGAGCGGCCCUGGGAGCUGAUGAAGAGCAUCAGCCGCGACUCAGUGCUGCAGAUGACGCUGGCCAGGUUCCACCUGGCCGAACGGCGCGACCCACAUGGCAACAACGUCGCACUCUUCGUCGGCAACCUGCCGUUGAACCUGAACCAGCGCCAGUACGAGCGCAUCUUGCUGGGCAUCCUCGGUAAAGCCAACAAAUUUUCAUCGAUCGGACCUAUUUACUAUGAGUACGGCUCGUUGGUGAUCGUGUACAACAAAGCUGAGGACGCCACCCGGGCCUACUAUAUGCUGCAGGAGGCCUCCUACGAGGACAAACACCUGCUGGUGAUGAUCCUGCCGUCGCUGUCACCGGAGCUGAUCCCGGCGGGCGUGCGGCCUGUGCUCUUCUUCGUCAACGUCAAGUCUGGCGGCUGCCAGGGUCUGGAACUGAUCACCAGCUUCCGCCGCAUGGUCAACCCCAGCCAGGUGUUCGACCUGGACAACGGCGGACCGCUGCCAGGGCUGUACGUGUUCCGCAAGGUGCCCGACUACCGUAUCCUGGUGUGCGGCGGCGACGGCACCAUCGGCUGGGUGCUGCAGUGCUUGGACAACGUGGGCCAGGACAGCGAGUGCUCGUCGCCGCCCUGCGCCAUAGUGCCACUCGGCACCGGCAACGACCUGGCGCGCGUGCUGCGCUGGGGGCCCGGCUACUCGGGCGGCGAGGACCCGAACACCCUGCUGCGGGACGUGAUCGACGCCGAAGAGGUGCGGCUCGACCGCUGGACGGUCGUGUUCCACCCGGACGACAAGGGCGCGGAGGUGGACUUCACCAGGUCGGCGCUGCCCAACUCACAAGGUUCGACGAGCGAGGACAACACACAAAUAUUCGUGAUGAACAAUUACUUCGGGAUCGGCAUUGAUGCCGACCUCUGCCUGGACUUCCACAACGCGAGGGAGGAGAAUCCGGACAAGUUCAACAGUCGGCUGCACAACAAGGGCGUAUACGUCAAGAUGGGCCUGCGCAAGAUGAUGAGCAGAAAGAUGUGCAAGGACCUUCACCGGCACAUGAAAGUGGAGGUCGAUGGGAAGCCGCUAGAGCUACCACCCGUCGAGGGCAUCAUCAUUUUGAAUAUCCUGAGCUGGGGCAGCGGUGCGAACCCGUGGGGACCCGAGAAGGACGACCAGUUCGGCACGCCCAACCACUGGGACGGCAUGCUGGAGAUCGUGGGCGUGACAGGCGUCGUGCACCUGGGUCAGAUCCAGUCGGGCCUGCGCUCGUCCAUCCGCGUGGCGCAGGGCGGCCACAUCCGCAUCCACUUGCACACCGACAUGCCGGUGCAGGUGGACGGCGAGCCGUGGGUGCAGCCGGCCGGAGAGGUGGUCGUCCUCAAGUCGGCCCUCAAGGCCACCAUGCUGAAGAAGCUGAAGUCGACCAAGCUGCGGCGCCGUAACACGGAGCCGAGCAUGGGCGGCGCCGGGUCGCCGCUUGUGCCGGCCGCCUCCUCCCCGGCCAGCGACCACGUCUGACCCCCACCGG